AUGACGGAGGAACGGAAUCAACGAAUCGACAGCGCGCUUUCUUCAAUAGUGGAAGCCAUAAUACCAGCGAAUCCAGAUGAAGAUGAUGAGAUAGCUGAUGAGCGACACGAAGCGGCCUUAGAGAGGGCAAGAGCCAUGAUCAAGAGCCACGGACAGCCCAGCAUUGUACCGGAUGUGCAGCAUAUUAGUGACAUAAUCAAAAAGAGACUUGUUAGGGAUAAUAAGACCCCUGAACCUGCAUUGAAGUUUUCCACUCUAUACACGAGGCUCCUAAACCAACGAGUUUUAUCGCAGAAAUGGGCUAUUCUUUAUUUACUCCACGAACUUUCAGACUCUCCCAAAACAAGGCCAUCCUCAUCAGCAGCAGGAAUUCAAGAUGUGUUCCCAGAAGCCGGUAUUACAGGGACCCGUGGGGUGGGGCCGGUGGGAGAGCAUGCUUUUUCCGAGGCGUUUAGUUAUAUGGGCCUUCAUCGAUUACCGGGCCGGGAUUCUGGCCGAGGACCAAGAGUUGGUGGGCUUGCGGGGGGCGCCUUGGGUUCGCAGUGGAACAGUUUUGGAUGGAGCAAGGGAGAUGGUGCUAUGAAAACUAAAGCUGAGCUUCUCGCCGAGAAAUAUGAGGACUCUGAGCCAACUGAGCAGGCCCUUUUAUCCUCAUUACCAUUUACUAUGCUCGGGCUCUCCUCUUCUCAUCUCCCGUUUACAACAUCCAAUGUAUCGGCUCCGCCUUCUGGCCGCGAUAUUUCGACAACUCAAAAGUACGCGAUUUCAAUACCACCAACUUUGCCACUGCCGCUUGUGUCAUUACUACAUACUCUGGCAGAACCUUCGCUUCUUUAUAGAUGUCUCAACGAGUUUGUGCAGUCGUCAUCUGAAAGCGGCACUGACGGCGGAUUAGUAGGCCAAUCGCUCAAGUCUGCAAUUGGAAUUGAGCUUCGGGGCUACAUUAAUCUCGUCGGCUGUUUGGAGAAUGAAAUCAGGAGAGCAGUUGCGGCUGCCGAGACUACUAUCGGUGUAAGGACUGCGGGGGUUACGUUGAAGAGAUGUGUUGUGUGGACUAGGGAGGCAACUAUGGGCCUACGGCUGAUGAGUUUGAUAGUGGAGCAAACUGGUGAUAAAAAGGGGGGGCAACUCAUUUCGACGAUUCGUAGCUUUGCGUCAUCGCAUGGGGACCCAUUCGUACAUGCGUUCGCAGAGCGACUGUUGAGCCAUGUUACACGACCCUUUUAUGAUAUGCUUCGACACUGGAUCUAUGAUGGAGAGCUUACAGAUCCUUAUUUGGAGUUUUUCGUUAUUGAGCAGCCCAAUCUUCCAGAUGGAGGUGGCAACAAGGGGGGUGCUUCCUCAGUGUGGGAGGACAAAUACACCAUCCACUCGCCUCAAGUGCCUACUAUUAUGACGGAGUCGUUUGCGAAAAAAGUAUUCUUAAUCGGCAAGUCCCUUAACUUCAUCCGACAUGGUUGCAGUGAUUCGGAGUGGGUAGAGAGCUAUUCAAAGUCAACAUCUAAGGAAUUGGGAUAUGGGGAUACUGCGAGAUUAGAAAUGAGCAUCGACGAAGCAUAUAAGACAACGAUGGCUAGGCUUAUUGAAUUAAUGGGGGGCAAAUUUAAGCUAUUUGAUCACCUUCGAGCACUCAAGAAAUAUCUCCUUCUCGGCCAGGGUGAUUUUAUUGCGCUGCUUAUGGAGGGGUUGUCCGCUAGCCUGGAAAGGCCGGCGAAUACCUUAUAUCGCCAUAACCUAACAGCCCAGCUAGAACAUGCGAUCCGUGGGUCAAAUGCACAGUUCGACUCUCCUGAUGUCUUGAGAAGGCUUGACGCGAGGAUGUUGGAAUUAAGCCACGGAGAGAUUGGAUGGGAUGUGUUUACAUUGGAGUACAAGAUCGACGCACCUGUGGAUGUUGUCGUUACGCCUUACGGAAGUAGGCAAUAUUUGAAGGUUUUUAACUUUUUAUGGAGAGUAAAAAGAGUCGAGUUUGCCCUUGGAAGUAGCUGGAGGCGAUUUAUGGCCGGAGCACGUGGGGUAUUGAAGGCUGUUGAAGAUUUGGUGGGAGCCGACUGGAAAAAGGCUCGCUGUGUUGUUGCAGAGAUGGUUCACUUUGUUAACCAACUGCAAUACUAUAUCCUAUUCGAGGUUAUCGAGUCCUCUUGGGAUACUCUCCAGACGGCAAUAUCAAAACCGGAGGCGACCCUGGAUGACUUGAUCGAGGCGCAUGCGAAAUACCUUCAACAUAUCACACAUAAAGGCUUGUUAGGGAGCACUAGUUCUAGGAGCAGCGGUAAAGGGAAGAGGGCAGGCACCGAUGGUGAUGACACUUUCAUGACCCAGCUUCACGAAAUAUUGAAGAUAAUGCUAGCCUACAAAGAUGCUGUAGAUGGCCUUUAUGGAUAUAGCGUUGCGGAGUAUACUCGAAGACAGGAGAGGGGCCAAAGGAUCGAAACAAGAACAAAGAAGGGUGAAUGGGGUAUCAGGGAAGCGGACGAGGAGGGCGAGGCUUCGGGAAGAGGGUCUAAUCCCGAAGAUAUGAUGCUGCCGAGUUUGCGGCAGAGAUUGAAGGCACUCUCGGGAGAUUUUCAAGCAAGAGUUGUAGUCCUUUUAGGUGAUCUAGCAUAUCAGAGUGACAUGGAUAUGAGGCUUCUAGGGGUAUUGCUGAGCUUCAAUGAGUAUUAUCCGGUUGUCAACAAAAGAAGGGCGAGGGGCGAGAAGGAAAAGCGGAAUACCCCACGGACACAACCUGGCGUAAAGCCUAAAACGAAAGAGGGUUCAACAGGAGAAUCUGCUGCUGGUAGUGGGGUUCAGGAAGGAGAAUAGUACCACAGACCAGUUCUAUUUCAAGUAGUGUCGUCAUUUCAUAAGUUUUCUCUUGUGUCUGGGAGCAGGCGGGGCUUUGUAUUUAGAUAUCAAUUCGCCAUUAAUCUUUGA